AUGAGCAUUGCUACCAGUUCACCGGUACUAGGAGACGCAAGCCCGCCCAAGGUCCUGCGCUACCCACCACCCAAUAUUACCAUCGGCAAGCGCACCCAGUCAUUACGUGGCGGCCAAGUAUCGACCAGGCAUUCAGCAUCGACAUCUAUGGCAGGUGGAAGCAGCAGGAGCCCCCAGCAAGUCCCUGCUGCUGACGAAACUGCUGCUGAGCCCGAUUUGUUUACAGUGCUAUACCCGUACACACCUGUCGAGAGCGAUGAGCUGUCAGUCCGGCCUGGCGAGAUAGUGCGCGUGCUACGGCUUUUCCUGGACGGCUGGACGUUCGUGCAGAGAAUGGACGACGGCGCCAUCGGCGCAGUGCCUGCUGUGUGUCUUGACACAGGAUCUUGCCGACAUUGAGUUUGCUACCCUGCACAAAAUGCUGCCUCAUUAACCCCCAGCAUCAUAUUUCUUCAUUCCUUUUUCAAGACGACAAUGCG